ACAACGGGAAAGUUUAGUUGCGAGUUGAUGUCACAGAGGGAAGGUUAUAAAGAGAAACCCAGCUUCAGCCUGCUCAGAUACUGGCAUCGUCCCUUUAAAAGCGUGUGACGGACAACAGGCAGCACAAGUUAAAGCGGGAACCAGCAGCAGAGAUGAAGCUACUCCUCUCUCUUCUCUUAGUCUUGACCUGGGCCUACUGCCAAGGAAGCCAAAUUAAAUGCAAGGACCCAAGUGAGGAGUAUCUGCAGAAUAAACUGUUCCGCCAAGCACCUGAUGCUCAUAUACUCCUCUUCAAACCAGACAUCACCCCAGAUCAGGACAUAAGGACAUGCCCUAAGAGUGUUAACCACAGCUCAGAUCUCAUCCAAGAACGGAGCAUCUCACCAUGGUCCUACAGAAUCAAUGAAAAUGUAAACCGCUACCCGAGACAGAUAUUGGAGGCCUACUGCCUAUGCAAAGGCUGCAUUUCCUCUCACAACAAGGAGCAAACCUCGGUAGUCAGUGUGCCAUUUGAUAAAGAGGUGCCCAUCUUGCACAAGACCCCCAAGUGUAAGAGAGGUCGGUUUGUCUACAAGCUGCGCUUCAUACGAAUAGCCCAACUGUGCAUCUGCCGCUUUAACUGAGACGGAUUCAUUGGGCCUUCUUCUUUGAGCUGGGUUCCUCUCUCCGGAGCUUCUCUUCUAGACAGCGUCUAAAGAAAUAGUUAAAUCUAAGCAGAAAAUCUACUGUGCUGAUUAAUAAAAUCUAAGGAUUUCUGUUCUCAAAACACUUUUUAUGCAUACGCUACCAAGUGCCACAAUAAGACGGACUCAAGAAAGGGUGGGACUUAUUCUAGGAAUAGGAGGAGCUUGAGAUAGGCCAGGACAUGGCUGCUUAUAAUGUUUGUGGUUCGGGGAGUGGCCUAAAAAUAUAUCCCAAUAUUGUUAUCGAUGCCAUUCUAUGAUCAGAGAGCUAGGCAUAAAAUAAAAACAAAAGCAUUAACACUGAUCGCACUGCACAAUGGCUGGCUCAAUACUGGCUGGCCCAUCAGUUUGUACAGUUAUAAGGUUGGUCUGUAGUGCUACAUACAUGUACAUAAAUAUACGGAAGUCAAACAAAUUGAUAUUGAUCCCUGAACGGUAUGGAAUGUUCCACUUCAGGAUACACAGGGGAAUUGUACCUUCAUAAAGAUGUUUAUUAAUAUGUAAAAUCAUUUGUAGGCGCUGUAAAGAACUUUAACAAUU